UUACUCAGUUUCACAUUUUUAUUUGCCAGUGAACGUACUUAUUCACGAUAUCAUUUUUAUUGGGCGUAACAGUAAAUAAUUCUAAUACAAUUUAUAUUAUUUACAAAGUUAAUUUCAAAUUCAAUAGUUAAAAAUUUUUGUUAAAAUAUGAAAUUGGAAUUUGUAUUUGUUUGCAUUUUUGCCACGAUAUCAUUUGGCGAUUCAUCAAAAAACGGCAUCUGUCAACGUACCAAUAGUCAUUACGUUACAUAUAGGGAUAGCAAUUUACAACUUGUUCCAUACCGACAUAAAAUAUGUCAUUUUCGUUGUUAUUAUGAAACCAACUACAAAUGGGAGAUAGUGACUAAAAUAAUUACAAGGACGGAAGUGCGAACGGAAAAUUUUUGUUGUCCCGGAUACGAAACAGUGCAGAACACACCGUUGAAAUGUAAACCGAAUUGUUCGCCAGAAUGUAAAAACGCGAAAUGCGUACAACCAGGAUUAUGCCAAUGUUAUGCAGAUUUCGAACCGCAUGUCAUCAAGCCAAACGUUUGCGUACCUGUGUGCAAACAUGGUUGUCAAAACGGUGAGUGCAUAGAUGUGAACGUAUGUCGUUGCAAUCCCGGCUACAUAGCGGAGAACAACAGUUCCUGCCUACCUUGGUGCAGAGAACUUUGCGUCAACGGUGCAUGCAUUGCUCCUGAACACUGCCUAUGCUUUCCUCAUUAUGCUAAAACAAAUAACGAAUACGUGUGCGAAUCGACGUGCGAUUUCGAAUGCAUAAAUGGCGAAUGUACUGGAGUCAACGAAUGUUCUUGUAAUGAAGGAUAUAGAAAAAAUGACACGACAUCGAACGUCUGCGACCCUGUCUGUGAAUAUUGCGAGAAUGCCAUCUGUGAAAGUCCGGGCCGGUGCACAUGCUUCCAUGGAUAUGAGCCCUCGCAAGAUCCUCGGGUAUGCGUUCCAGUUUGCAAGGACGGCUGUGUAAACGGUUAUUGUUCUGAUCCAGAUAAGUGUACGUGCUUCAGCGGUUAUCAGUCUUCUGCAAACAAUUAUUCACAAUGCGUCCCUAUCUGCUCAAAAGAGUGUAAGAACGGAAAGUGCGUUGCUCCUGAGGUUUGCGAAUGCUUUCUUCAUUAUGCUAAAACAACGAACGAAUACGAGUGCAAACCGACAUGCAGUUUUGAAUGCAUAAAUGGCGAAUGCACUGGAGUCAACGAAUGUUCUUGUAAUGAAGGAUAUACAAAAGAUAACACGACAUCGAACGUCUGCGACCCUGUCUGUGAAUAUUGUGAGAAUUCGUUCUGUGAAAGUCCCGACCGAUGCAAAUGUUUCCACGGAUACGAGCCUUCGCGAAAUCCUCAUGUAUGCGAUCCAGUUUGCAAGGAAGACUGUUUAAACGGUUAUUGUUCCGAUCCAGAUGUGUGCACGUGCAACAGCGGUUUUCAGACUUCUGAAAACAGUUCUACAGAAUGCAUCCCAAUUUGCUCAAAAGAGUGUAACAACGGAGAGUGCGUUGCUCCUGAGGUUUGCGAAUGCUUGUCUGGAUUUACGUUAAAAUCGGGAUUUUGCGAACCUGUUUGUCAGGAUGAAUGCAUCAAUUCUUAUUGUGCGGCUCCGGACGUUUGCGAAUGCUAUCCCGACACGGUCAAAAUGAACGAAACCCUUUGCGUCUCAGUUUGUCAGGAAAACGCUACUCUCGAUUGCUAUCACGUGGUUGAGAAUGUGGACGAAUUCAGUAUGCGUCUGACCGGAGAGGAAAUGGUUUUUCUACCCAAAAACAAGAAGGCGCUGACCCUUCAUGCUGUAUGCGAGCAGUUUGUCGAUACGUACAGCGAAGCUAACAUAUCGUCCGGUGUACCUUUCGAAUGUUCGACCGAUCGAAACAGCGACAUAGUACACACCUACUGUAAACUGACGUCGGAAAAAUACGAUCCUGUAAUUACGAUGAAUGUUACCGAUUUCAACGAAACGUUACCCAUAAGUAUGAAUUUAACUCUUAUAUACCCGAAGAUCGGAAUUUCGACUGGAACAUGUGAACUUUGCUUCUGCGAUGAGUUUCUGUAUUUAAAUGAGGAUCGUUCAUUUAUUCAUCUAUGCCCAUGUGAGCACGUAAAACAAACUUCAAUACUGUGGUAUGCAUUAAUUAUCACAGCAAGCACGUUUGCACUUUUAAUAACUAUUUUCGUUAUGAAGAAAUUUCUGUCGAUAAAAAAACAAAAAACAUCGCUUAACCUAGUUUCAGAAAACAGCGACAUGGAGUUAUAACAAUGGGCGACAAUAGUAUAUGUUUGUAUAAAUUAUUAUGUUAUUCGUAUGUAACUAUGACUAAAUGUAAUUUUUAUUUGAAUAAUUUUGUUUUUUAUUUUACAUAUAAAUUUGCGUUAAAUAUUUAAAAUAUUUUUAUUCUAUUUACAAAUGUUACGGCGGUUAAAAGAAAAGGUAAGAGGAUGUGUGAAAUUCGUCUUGCCCGAAUCCUUAAGUGCAAAACUUGAAAAAUAAAUUAUUAUGUUUUUUAGAGAAAUCAAAAUAUUAUUUUGAUAUCUUAUGAUUAUAUAUUGUUAUUUAGAAUGAAAUUGACCAAUGUUAAGAAUAAGAAUAUAAGAAUAUUGAAAUGACUGUCUAUUGAAAUUAGAUCUCAUAAAUCUUUUUAAAUCCUUUUCAAUGCACUUCAUUAAUAUUUUAAUCAUUUAAAAUUGACCAAAUAACUGUCGUUUUAUGUACUUAUGACAAAUGGAUUAUUCCAACAUUGCCUAAAUUAGUCAGUUUCCAAAUGUUGCGUUUUAAAAUAAGGUAAAUUCAAUAAAAAAUGUCAGAUAUUUGUAAUCAAAUGUAAUAAAAAUAUAUACAAACCAUUUAA